UUCUAGCCGCUUUAUAAGAGCGGCGGCGGCCGCUCCCUGGCUCAGAGCCUCAGACCAAGAACAGCAGCGCGCGUCAGGGCGGCGUCCGCGACCGGAGCCCAUCAUCCCCACUGACCCUAGCGCCGAUGGCGGAGGUAACCCUCCGCCGCUUCGAGCUCUCCGACGUGGACGCCAUGAUGGCGUGGGCGUCGGACCCGCAGGUGGCCGCCUUCUGCCGGUGGGAGCCCUACGAGUCCAGGGAGCCCCUGCUGGCGUUCCUGCGCGACACCGUGCUCCCGCACCCGUGGUUCCGCGCCGUCUGCGCCCCCGGCUCCGGCGCGGUCGUGGGCGCGGUGUCCGUGGCUCCGUCGACGGCGGAGCGGUGCCGCGGGGAGCUCGGGUACGUGCUGGCCCGCGCGCACUGGGGCAAGGGCGUGGCGACCGCGGCCGUGCGGCGCGCGCUGCGGGACGUGUUCGCGGAGGUGGAGGGGCUGCGGCGCGUGGAGGCGCUGGUGGACGUGGACAACCCGGCGUCGCAGCGCGUGGCGGAGAAAGCCGGGCUCCGCCGCGAGGGCGUCCUGCGGCGGCACUACUGGCACAAGGGCCGCGCCAGGGACAUGGUCAUGUACAGCUUCCUCGCCUCCGACCCCCUCCCCGAAUGAUGACCCCCAUGGCUGUUCCAUGCAUCUCAGCUGCAAGCAUCUCAUUUUUCUACAAAACCGUUGUGUUUCUCCUUCAAUCUUGUAUGUAAUCUCGUAUCGACGCAAAUGAAAACCUCGUCUGCCUGAAUCAAAACCUGCUGAUUUCGCAUCGGUGGUGGUGUUUGGAGGAGGAAGAUGACAGCGAUCACAAGCAGAAGCAGGUAGGUGGACCGUGCCGGGAUGUUCUUUUUGGAUGGUGUCUUUGGACGAUGCAGCGCUCGGUUUUCACUUGUCA